UUUCGGAAUUCGAUGGCGGACGAACUAGAAUUGUCGCCGUUGGUUCCGCCGCCGCCGAUGGUUGAACCUUCCGAGAUCGAUCUCGAAGCGGGACAUGGUGAACAGAUUCAGUGCCGAAUCUGCCUUGAAACUGAUGGUAGAGAUUUCAUUGCCCCAUGCAAAUGCAAAGGAACAUCAAAGUAUGUACAUCGUGAUUGCUUGGAUCAUUGGAGAGCAAUAAAGGAAGGUUUUGCGUUUGCACACUGCACAACGUGCAAGGCUCCAUAUUAUCUGAGAGUUCAUGGUGCCGGAGACAGGAAAUGGCGGACAUUGAAGUUUCGCUUCUUUGUUACUCGAGACAUUUUAUCCAUAUUUCUUGCUGUUCAGCUUGUAAUUGCAGCGUUGGCCUACAUGGUCUAUUUCAUAGAUAGUUACCAGCAAUCAUGGCUUCGUCAUAUUUGGGGCUUUGACAGUGAGGUCACGUUUUAUUACAUGUGUGGUGCUUUAUUAUUCUUCGCUCUUCUGGGUCUAUCUGGAUGCUUCAUAACUUGCUACGAUCGAAGAGUUCGCAAUGACUUAGCUCAGCCUUGCCGUGAAUUGUGUCUCUGUUGCUGUCAGCCUGGGAUAUGCACAGACUGCCAUCUACCGGGAACUAUAUGUAUGUGGGCAGAUUGCACCGCGUGUACCGAAGGCUGCGCAAGUGCAGUUAGCGAAUGUGGAGGUUGCCUCGGAGGUGCAGGGGAAGCUGGAUUGCCAUUGAUCUUCGUAAUGGCACUAGUAGUUCUCGGUUUAUUUACGGUCAUCGGUAUAUUCUACAGCGUAUUGGUUGCAACCAUGGUUGGACAACGCAUUUGGCAGCGCCAUUACCACAUUCUCGCUAAGAGAAUGCUAACAAAGGAGUAUGUGGUUGAGGAUGUAGAUGGGGAAAUGAUGGGAUCUGAAUGGUCGCCACCGGCUUUACCGUCUGAGCAUGUCCAGCAGCUUAAGACGCUUGGUCUUCUGUGA